AUGGCGUGGUUAUACAGUUGUGCAAUUUGGAUUCCACUGAUAUUUCUAACGUCGCACAAAAGUGAGGCACGGCAAAUAGGUCAGCACCCGCAUAGAAGAGCGAGGGCCGCUGAGGGAAAUAUACCGGUAAAUAAUGAAUUAAAAUCAAGGCAGCAAGGCCCCUUCGUGCCACAAAUCCCGAAAGACUGCGAAGAAAUUGGCAUUUGCGACCAUGUUCCUAAUUAUCCGACGGAAUACGUGGGCAAAUUGUUAAAACAGAAUCCGGAAAUCAUUAGCAAUUUCAACGUGGACGUGUUAGAACCUGAUGAUGCUCGAAGAAAACGCACUGCAAAAGCAACUAUGAAAAUAAACGGAAAAGGACAAACGUCAAGUCAUCAAGGUUCAUUCGUGCCAGAGAUCCCGAAAGAUUGCGAACAAAUAGGCAUUUGUGAUCACGUUCCUAAUUAUCCAAGAGUACACGUGAAUCAGUUGAUAAAAAAGGCGCCAGAGAAUUUUACUAAACUUAAUGUGGAUGUAUUGGGCGAAUCUUUUCCUCAAAGGAAAGAAUCCCAAGAAAACGUUAAGAAAAUCAACAAAAAACCAAACAAAAUAAACCUGCCAACGUCUUAA